AUGGCAAAAAGAAUAGAUAAAGUUACAACAACUCCAAAGGAAAUAUCACCCGCUGAAACUAAAAUGAAGUCAACAAAUACAAGAAGAAUGUAUAUAUUAGCUGGGUGUUACUACUUAGUAACAAAAGGAUGGUCAUUUCUUAUUUCAAAAGAACAAAGAAGAGCGGAAAAGUUACACCACUUCUUCCCUAUUCAAAAGAUAUGGAACGAAAAUAAGGUAAUAAUAUUGGAUAAAGAGUUUGAGUAUGAAGUAGUUCAAGAAGGGAAAGAAGCCAAAUUAAAAUUUGAUACUGAAGGAAUUCCAAUAAAGAAAGAGGUAACUGAGACAAGUGAAAACCCAGAUAAGAAGAAAUUGGUUUACAAUGAACUUGUUGUUAUGAAAAUCAUUAAUGAAUGUUAUCUUAAAUACAAUGAACUUGGGAGUGAUAAUAGUUUGGCACACACAAAAGUAUCAAAAAAUACAAUUAGUAGUCAACAAUAUACAAAACUUCCAUUAGUAAAGAAAGAUGGGAAAUGUAUUGGUAUAUUUAAUAAAAUAGAAGUAUUAAAUACAACAGGAAUUCAAGUAUAUGACUUUUUGUGUCAAUAUCUCAAAAAAGAAAAAAGUUCUGAAAAAGAAAAAGAUUCUCAAACAAAAAAAGAAAAAGACUCUCAAACAAAGUAUGAAAGUGUUUUUAUUGGAGACAAAGAUUGUUUAAAUGAAAAACCAUAUGGAAACAUUCUUUUGCUUUCAAAAGAAAAAUUCUUGGAUCAAGCUAUUGAUGAAAGUAAAUUCAAAUGUCUUGAUAACCAAGUUAGUUCAUCAUCUCAACAAUUAAAUGAAGAUGUUGAAAUUCAACAACCACAAUCUCCUACUAACAUUAGUAGCUCAAUGGAAGAUAACCUAUUAUAUAACGAUAUAGGUUCUCCUUUAUUUGAGUAUCAAAGUACAGUGGCUAAUUGUAGUUUGUUAUCAGUUAAAAUAAGUGUAGCACUUCCUGCUAAUUUUAGGGAAAUGCUUUCUCAGUUUGAAUGUUUAAGUAAAAAUGGAGUUAUUACACAAAAUAAUGAAUCUGAGUCAUGCGUUGAUAUGAAUAGAUAUGAAAAUAAUGAAGAAUAUUUGCAACCAGAUCAUUUAUCAGACAUGGGAUUUAAAGAAUAUGGAUUUGUUCAAGACAUGUGCCACUAA